CAGCAAACUAUGCAUAGCUAACUCUAUAACAGUGCUUCAAUGCUUGUCAAAGCGGCAAUGAAUCACGACUCAUUGCUUUAGCUACAGAGGAGGACCCGCCCCCUCUACAACGCUCUGCGUCCCAUGUGAAUACCGUCCGUCUCGUGCACUAAUGAACAUUCAUCGUGGAAGGACUCUGCGGUUACAGUGUAGGCAUGGAUACCACACUCGGCCCUAAGUUAGUUUACGCGCCCACACACACACAGCAAAGUUGGACCCGACAAGUCUUCGCCCGUCCAAGUCGCGAAAGAGCCGAUGCCAACUCGCCUCCGAAAGUCCAACCGCAGACGCGAAGAUCAUGAGUAACAGUCCAAAGUUGGAACACAAUGGCUACACUUUCGACUUUGUCGGGAAGGUCUCUCCCGAACUUAGCUGCAAGCUAUGCUCCAAGGUCCUCCGGGAGCCAGUCCAGGUCGUGUGCUGCGGCCAGCACUACUGUAAGAGCUGCAUCGAGCGGCGGAUAGCAUCAAACCCGACAUGCCCCAACUGCCACACACCCAAUUUCAACCACUUCAAGGACAAGCACUUUGAGCAACGGAUCGACAUGCUCAAAAUCUACUGCCCGCACCACAAGAAGGGCUGCAAGUGGACGGGGGAAAUGAGCACAGUGAAAUCGCACCUCCACGCUUCCCAAGGCUGUCCCUACGAGGCCGUCCUCUGCGCCAACAAGUGUGGGCAGACGAUGAUGCGACGUGACAUAAAGGAGCAUCUUUUGAAGCACUGCUUGCUGCGUCGAGUCCGCUGUCAGUACUGCAACCACGAGAACACGUACCAAGUCGUGACAGGGACCCACUAUGUCGUGUGUCCGAGCUACCCAGUCAAAUGCUCCUACAACUGCAACACAAAGAACAUCAAGCGCUCGGAGCUCUCCAAACACGAGCCGGUCUGCGGGAUGAAACCCACCACAUGCCCGUUUGCCGGUGCCGGUUGCAAGGCAUCACUGGUACAGAAAGACCUCCAGGACCAUCUGGGGGCCUUUAUUACACACCAUCUCGAUCUAGUGACAAAGUCCAUGGACUCCUUCAAGACGAGGGCAGACUCCGCCGAGCGACAGAUGCACAUGGCCAAGGCAGAGGUCGAGGACCUACGCCGACAGGCACACAGCUCCCAGUCUCAAAUGGAGCGAAAGAUGAGGGCAAUUGCUCGGAACGCCUCCGAACUCCUCGCGAGUUGUACCGAGAGACAGGUCAUAGCGGUUCAGUCCAUCCAGGCACUCACCGUAAACAACUACACCAUCGACAGCAUCAACACUCCCGUCACGCUCCAAAUGGUCAACUACUCCGAGUACAAGUCGAGCGGGAAGACGUGGUACAGCACUCCGUUCUAUGUGGCCGGCGGCUACAAGAUGUGUAUCGCCGUUCACGCAAUAGGCACGGGCUCCGCGCAAGGCUCCGCCCUCUCCCUCUCCAUCUGUCUUCUCAACGGUGAGUUUGACGACGAACUCUCGUGGCCCGUCGAGCUACCGUUUCACCUGAUGGUCGAGAUAGUCAAGCAAGACGAAAAUUUCGACAGCAGUCACUCUACUAACCCUGGUUCGUCUCAAAAUCCAAAAACCUACGUGUAUUUCCACUCUGACUCCCCGCAAGAUCGCGUCACAAGUGAAGUGCUUGUCGAGGCUAGAAAGUACGAGAACUUUGCACCCCACGACCUCGUAGAAAGCCGCCUCCUCUACUACGAUGCUCUCAUGUUUCGAGUAACAGCCGAGUCAGAAUUCUUAUAGUCUCUCAAACUUUUUCUAAAAGCUGACCAUUAUUAAUUUCUAUUAUCCAACAGAUUUUUACACUCGUGCAUUUUUAUACCACUUUUUCGCUAGUUAUACAAUGUAGGCUUAAACAAUCACGUCCCUGAUCUAUACAUAAUUAUAGCCAUGUACACUUGCGCAACAGGUUUUUUUUUUAACUGCACCAUAGGCUUCAUCCAUUUCGUUUUGUUGCUCCGUUUAACAAAGUUCUUUGCAUGGUCAAGUCACUAUACCACUGUGUUAUCAUGCUGUGCUUGUUUAUGAAUGAAAUUGAAAUUAUAA